AUGUGUGUUGCAUUCAACCCCAAAGACCCUUCCACUUUUGCAUCCGCUUGUCUAGAUCGUACCGUCAAAGUCUGGUCUUUAGGGCAACCAACUCCAAACUUUACUUUAACCACUGGCCAAGAGAAAGGUGUGAACUACGUCGAUUACUAUCCUUUACCAGAUAAGCCAUAUUUAAUCACCUCCUCUGAUGAUUUAACAGUCAAAAUCUGGGAUUAUCAAACUAAAUCAUGUGUUGCUACUUUAGAAGGACAUAUGUCUAAUGUCUCAUUCGCUGUCUUCCAUCCAACUUUACCAAUUAUCAUAUCUGGUUCUGAAGAUGGUACUUUGAAAUUAUGGAAUUCAUCCACUUAUAAGGUAGAAAAGACUCUAAAUUUGGGUCUAGAAAGAAGUUGGUGUAUUGCUACUCACCCAACUGGUAAGAAGAACUACAUUGCAUCUGGGUUUGACAGUGGUUUCACUGUUUUAUCUUUGGGUAAUGAUGUCCCAACUUUGUCCCUAGAUCCUGUCGGUAAAUUAGUCUGGUCAGGUGGUAAGAAUGCAACUGCCUCUGAUAUCUUCACUGCUGUUAUUAGAGGUAAUGAAGAAGUAGAAGAAGGUGAACCACUUGCAUUACAAACUAAAGAAUUAGGCUCUGUAGAUGUAUUCCCACAGACCUUAGCACAUUCACCAAACGGUAGAUUUGUUACUGUCGUCGGAGAUGGUGAAUACGUUAUCUACACAGCCUUAGCAUGGAGAAACAAAUCUUUCGGUAAGUGCCAUGAUUUUGUAUGGGGUCCUGACUCUAACAGUUAUGCAUUAAUCGAUGAAAAUGGUCAAGUUAAAUAUUAUAAGAACUUCAAAGAGGUAACAUCAUGGUCUAUCCCAUUAGGUUACAAUAUUGAUAAGUUAUUCGCUGGUGCUUUGUUAGGUAUUAAAUCUGAUGGAUUCACCUAUUUCUUUGAUUGGGAAUCUGGUGCUUUGGUCAGAAGAAUCGAUGUUAAUGCUCGUGAUGUUAUCUGGUCCGAUAAUGGUGAAUUGGUCAUGAUUAUCAACUCAAAUGACAACGCCGAUGAAGAGGCAAGUGCAUACUCAUUAUUAUUCAACAAGGAAGUAUACGACGAAGCAUCUGCUCAAGGUAAUGUAAACGAAGAAGAUGGUGUUGAAGAUGCAUUUGAGGUUUUACAUGAACUAAAUGAAUCGGUCACAUCUGGUAAAUGGGUUGGUGAUGUUUUUAUUUAUACUUCUGCUACUAAUAGACUAAACUACUUUGUCGGUGGUAAAAGUUAUAACUUGGCACAUUACUCCAAGGAAAUGUAUCUGUUGGGAUAUUUGGCUCGUGAUAACAAGGUUUAUUUAGCUGAUAGAGAAAUCCAUGUCUAUGCCCAUGUUGUAUCGCUAGAGGUCCUAGAAUUCCAAACAUUAACAUUAAGAGGUGAAUUAGAAGCCGCUAUAGAGACAAUCUUACCUAAUAUUGAAGAUAAAGACACUUUAUCCAAAAUUUCUAGAUUUUUGGAAGGCCAAGAAUAUUAUGAAGAAGCUUUAAAGAUUUCUCCGGAUGAAGAUCAAAAAUUUGAACUGGCCUUGAAGGUUGGUCAAUUGUCAUUAGCCUACAAACUUCUGGAUGGAACUGAAAAUGAAUUACAAUGGAGAUCAUUAGGUGAUGCAUCUUUGCAAAACUUUAACUUCAAGCUAGCUAUCGAAGCUUAUGGCAAGGCACAAGAUUUAGAGUCAUUAUUCUUAUUACAUUCCUCCUUCAACAAUACUGAUGGUUUAAUAGCGUUAGGUAAAGAUGCCGAAGAUAUUGGAAAGGACAAUUUAGCUUUUAACGCCUACUGGUUAGCUGGUGCAGUUGAUAAGGCUAGAGAUUUAUUGGCAAAGACAGGAAGAUUCUCUGAAGCUGCUAUAUUUGCUUCUACUUAUGGUAAUAGUACUGCUGAUAUAAAUAAUAUUGUAGAACUAUGGAAGGAAAACUUGACUUUGGAAGGUAAAACUAAUGUAGCUGAAAGAAUCUGUUCAUACGAAUCUGGCAGUAAUACUGCUUCUUUAAUCGAUCUGGAUAGUAACACUGACAAAGCAGAUGCUCCAAAGGUAGCUACCAAAGAUGAAAAACCGCAAGACAUUCCAAAAAAGGAAUCAAAAAAGAAGGAUGAACCAAAGAAAGAGGAGCCAAAGAAGGAUGAACCAAAGAAAGAAUCAGUGGUAGUAGAAGAAGAAAGUGUUGCCGCUGAUAAGAAAGAAUAG